GGUUUCUGCCAGCUCUCAGCUGCCAGGCAAGGAGCUAGCAAUUUCCUAUCAAGCCCAGAGAGAGGGGGGGGGGCAUUGGGACAUUCCUCUUGGGAAAGGUGCUCUAGAGAGAAGAUUCAGCAGCAAAGUUGGUUAGGAGGGGAAAGCGAUGAUGGUCAGAUUGUUUCUUAGGUGGCAGAAAAAAUCAGGCACCCGGAAAGCUGGGAUUUGAGAGUUUUUUCUUGCUUUUUUUUUUUUUUUUUUUUUUAAAUAAGGGGGAAAUUGUGGACUUUUACGAUUUGGGACAUGGCACAUCCAGAAAUGUGAAGUAAGCAACCUCUGCCAAAUUCCCGAUGUAUAGAUAGAUUUGAGCAGACAGCUUUGGAAAUCAGCACGUGUGACAUCGGACAGACUAGCAGGAGCCCACUUUGGCCCCUGGCCUCUGAGUCUCCAGUCCUUCUCCUUUGGCUCUGCCACUAUUCCGAAGGGGCCUCCACGUGUUCUGCAACGUUUGACCCUCCAGCCAUUUUUUUUCCCAAAGGAGAAGAAGAUGAAACGGGAGAGGCCAGUGGACCUUCUGCUCUGAGCUGGCAGCUGAGAGCUCAAGUUUUUGUUUUGAGAACCUGCUGUCAGAGGGGAGCGAUUCCUCAACGUGGGUCCCUUUGGCGUGGUUGAUUUUUAGCAGGCCGUCCAAAAGACGAAAGAGCAAUGGUUACACGUUGCUUGCAAGUGGGAUUAGCUUGGGAUGACUAGAAGUAAAGUGGCUUUACCUAGAAAAGACAAAGCCAGCACCCCAAGUCUGAUUUCCAUUUUGAGAAGGUUGCUUCUCUCUUGCUUCCCCCGUCUUGAAGAUGCUGUCCCCAAAAGACAGAAGACGACACUGGAUUUGGUUUGUCCUGGCAAUGCUGAUCUGCCAAGAGUUCCCAAAUUUCUCGCUGGUGGUGGCCAAGAAAGAGCGGAAGAAACUGAAGGAGCCUAACCAAUACAUGGAAGCUCUCAACGCAACAACUCUUUCCAACAGUGAAGAAUUGAACGGACACUCCAAGAUGCUAGAGUCCCCAGACCCGCCCAUCACCGAUCCACGCCGGACAUGGAUUUCAUUUGUACAGCGUCCGGGUGAAGGCAGCAACUCCAAAAACAAAUGCAAAGGGAAAGAUAAAAAACGUGGUCUUGCUGGACCCCCGGGGCCCCCAGGUCCUCCAGGGCCCCGUGGUCUUCCUGGGGCUGAAGUCACCCAUGAGGUCUUAAUGCAAGAAUUUAAAGAAAUGUUGAAAGAAGCUACCGAACGGCGAGCAUCUCCAGUUCUCCCAGCCCAUCCCAGUGAGAUGCCUGUGAUGUUACUGCCUCUGGAGGAGAUUUCUCUCUACCGGCGAGUGGAGGAAGCCUUCCAUUGCAAGCUCAAGGGGCAAAUCAUUGUGGACAAGAAAACUUUGAUGGAACUCCAGAACUUUCAGAUGCCUUUAGCCAAAGGAGCUUUUCUCCGAGGAUCUGGAUUAAACUUAACAACUGGCAGAUUUACAGCUUCAGUAUCUGGAAUUUAUCAAUUUUCAGCCAACGUCCAUGUAGACCACAGUGAGCUGAAAAGUAAACUGCAGCUUCGAGCAAGAGACAACGUUCGGGUCUUGAUCUGCAUUGAAUCCCUCUGCCAUCGAUACACAUCUUUGGAGGUUAUUGCUGGGCUGGAAAGCAACAGUAAAGUUUUUACUGUUUAUGUUCAUGGAUUGCUCCAACUCCAGGCUGGACAAUACACCUCCAUCUUUGUGGACAACAGCGCUGGCGCCCCCGUUACCAUUCAGAAUGGAUCUGACUUUAUGGGCAUGUUUGUGGGUGUUUAAUGCCCAGACUAUCUGCAACGGAGAAAGGAGGGGAAGAAAACACAUCAGGCUUGAACUCUGAACCCUGCCUGCCCAAAGGACCCCCUUCCAUUUGCCAUUGGUGUUCUGCAGCUGAAUGAAGCAAAUGUCUCUUUUUUUCCCCCGCAGGAGGCAUAGUAACAAUCCAAGAGAAAGAAAGAGGAUAGUUCAUAACACAGAACCCAAAACCCAGAUGUAGCGUCCUUCCAUUGGCUGAAUCAGAUUUUCCAUCUCAGAGAUCCCAGGAAAUCUCUCCUCUGAUUCAAAUAGGAGGCUGGGCAUCAGAGCUUAUCUGUAGAACCCGUGUUUCCCAUAUAUUGCAUGCUCAGGUAUCUCCUAGAUAGGUGGGAUCAGAAAAAAAAAAAGUCUGUCUAGUCCUUGGAAAGCUGCUGCCAGUCCUGUAGGCAGGUUGAUGGAGUAACAUAAACCUACGGUUUCUUAUGUCCUCCAUCUUGUGUUCUGAACUAGCCCACAUGAUGGUUGUGGGCAACGCAUCCGUACGUUCUCUCUUUUCUGAGCCCAAGGAAAUGAGUAUGGUGUAAUAUGCUGAGAAUGGUCCCAGAAUUCUUCUCUGUUCCAAUUCAUUUUUUUUUUUGAUCCUCAUUAGUUUGAAGAUUUGGGGCCCUUUCAGAUUUACCUUAAUAUUUCAAAAGUGCUUCGCAGCUUAGAGCCAGUUUAUACCUGGGCGAAAAAUUCUUCCGGUAAGUCAUUUUAUUAGGAGUGGCUAAUUUGACCUGGAGUGAUUUCUAAAGGGGUAACGCUUCAGGGCCUUCCAUAAAUGUCUUUGGUUGCAGAAGGACCCCAUUUUAAUUCUCAGAUCUCCAGCCAGGGCUAACAGAGCUUCUUACCUGAAAUUCUGGAGAGCAAUUGAAGUGGCUUAGGAAAAGGCAGGAUCCUAUAUUUCUCCCCAAAGGAAGCCUGGGAUAGGAUGAUUGAAAUAAUUAUACUGACCAAAUCUAAUCCGACCAUUUGGAUUUUGCGUUAGGGCUAGGAGACGAGACCGUGUCAGUUGAAAACGACAUAUCCAUGUUGGCAUAGUUUAAGUAAUAGAUCCCCUCUUCUCUCUUCUUGCACGUCAUUCGUGUUACGCUCGUGAUGUCUGCUUCCAAGCUCAAUUUGAAGAAAUGGUGCCAGCGGUUUUUAGAGUUUUCUACCAGGCCUUGGGACUUGCGUGUGUGCUUUUAAACAUGCCCUUAAUAACCAUUAUAAUGGAAAGAACUGUAUAUUAUUUAAACUCUUCGUGCUUGACCUUAAGAUCCCAGCCUUAAUGUCGGAAGGUCGUGCAAAACCAGAUCAAGGCGCAGCUUCCAUACGAAUGAACUGAUUUCGUCUGAGACAGCUGGCUUUGUUGCGAUCGUUGCCAAGUGAAAGGGGAGGAUAAACAUGAUUCUCUGCCUCACACAUACACAAAGAGGUGGACGUAUAGGUACACAAGAAACUGCAGAGGUGAAUAACCAAGUCCCGUCUUUGGAGAUGCUGAAAUCAAGGAUACAACCUUGGGAUUGUUGGAAACGGUCAACGAUCUGACUCAGGACAGUGCUGAAGAUGGAAGCAAUCCCAUUCAGACUUUUGUGGGGUUUCAAAGGGCAAAACAAAAUGCCACGUGACAUAAGGGGUUGUCCCCUUCCCUGUCUGUGACACCUUAAUUUAUCCGUUUGCAGCAGGUGACUUUUGCUUUUUGUCCUCCUCUGACCCCAACAGCAGGUCAAGGAUGAAAUGGUGGGAUACUCUUUAACUUCUGCUCACCCUAAAGAGGCUGAGGGUUGAAAGUAGUUAGAACAGGAAGUGAAUUCGCACUGGCAGCCAUCUGCGUCCGAUAGACAGCAGCUCUAUUGCCAAGUAGAAACCAAAAAAGUUGUGGCGGGCCUAGUUUCUCUCUUCUACAAUUUCAGAAUGGUCCAGAUGCAGAGGAAUGCCUCUAUAUAGGUGUGAAUAACUGCCCAGUUUGGAACCAAUUUGAUAGUAUGAUUACUUUCUGGGAGAAAUUAUAAAGUAACUAUGGGAAGUCCUUCAAGGAUGUUAAUUUCCCAAGCUUCCGGUCUGAUUUAGGGAGCUCGGUAUGCAUUCCUUUUCCUUUUUGGAGGGCUGGACAUUUUGAGAAAUACACAAUGAUGUCAGGAUACAGACGAAAUUGUAGAAAGAAUUGCCGUAAGGAUAAAUGUGACAGAAGACGGCCAUUAGGGACAGCAGUCCCAAUUCUUUUCCUAUGUUUAGUCCUGCCUAGAUGACCAAAAUAUUGAGGCUGGGUGAUACUUUUUAUUUUAUUUUGAGGUUGAGGAAGAUUUCAAAAAAAUUGGAGGUGAAAAAAAAUUCAAAGCAAGUGCAACCAUUAUAGCAAAAUGUCUUGGCUUUUCUUUGCUGUCUUAUGUUUUAAUAAGAUACAUAAAUAAAUCUGUAUAUUUAGCCGCA